AUGGUCAGUUGUCCUAUCUGCGGCAAGUCGGUGAAUGCAGCCAAGAUCAACAACCACAUCGAUUCGGACUGUGUCGAGGAUGUUGAGGCCGACAUUACUGCCACUUCCACCGCCACCGCCACCGCCUACGGCACCGGCAACCAUGAUCCUGAUAACGACGACAAUGCAAGUCUCUCCUCUCCGGCCGUCGCCCCGCUCUUCAAGACGCCCGGUGCAAAGCGCGAUGCAUCUGCCUCUGCCUCCUUUGCGUCCUUCUUCUCCUCGUCGCAGCCGUUGCCGUCGCCGAGCGAGCCUCGAUCGACCGCGGUGAAACGGUCGUUUGAUCAUGCGUCGACGCAGGCAAAUGGCCCGCCGGCGGCGAAGCGAAUAUCGGAUUGGCCGUCGACACACCCUACGGGUUCUUUUACACACUUGAAGAGCGAGGACAAAGAAACACGGCAUAAUCACAAUGGAGUUGGGACCGGAGCUGGAGCUGGACUUGGAAUCGGAGUCGGAAUCGGAAAUGCUGCUGAACAACCAGCGGCUCCGGCGCCACACGCACUUACCCCGGCGAACAAGAAAUCCAAGGCCAGGUCCAACGCGUUCGAAAGAGCGGCACCACUAGCCGAACGCAUGCGGCCCAAGUGCCUGGACGACGUCUGUGGCCAGGACCUGGUCGGACCGGACGGGGUGUUGAGAGGGCUGAUCGAGCAAGACCGAGUGCCGAGCAUGAUCCUCUGGGGAGCGGCGGGGACGGGCAAAACGACGAUCGCGCGGGUGAUAGCCAGCCUGGUGGGCAGUCGGUUCGUCGAGAUCAACAGCACCAGCAGCGGGGUGGCGGAAUGCAAGAAGAUCUUCGCCGAGGCCAAAAGCGAGCUGGGGCUGACGGGCCGCAAGACCAUCAUCUUCUGCGACGAGAUCCACCGCUUCUCCAAGUCGCAGCAGGACGUGUUCCUGGGCCCGGUCGAGGCGGGCCACGUGACGCUGAUCGGGGCGACGACGGAAAACCCGUCGUUCAAGGUGCAGAACGCACUACUCUCGCGCUGCCGGACGUUCACGCUGCAGAAGCUGAGCGACGCCCAUAUCUGCCACAUCCUCACGCGGGCGCUGGAGGCCGAGCGCGACACCUACGCGCCGUCGUCGCUGGUGAAUGACGAGCUGAUCCGGUACCUGGGGGCAUUCGCCGACGGCGACGCCCGGACGGCCCUCAACCUGCUGGAACUGGCCAUGGAUCUCUCGCGGCGGCCGGGCAUGACGACCGACGUGCUCAAGCGGUCGUUGACCAAGACGCUCGUGUACGACCGCGCCGGCGACCAGCAUUACGACACCAUCUCGGCCUUCCACAAGGCCGUGCGCGGCUCCGACCCAGACGCCGCCUUGUACUAUCUCGCGCGCAUGAUCCAGUCGGGCGAGGAUGCACUGUACAUUGCGCGCCGCAUGAUCGUCAUCGCCUCCGAGGACGUCGGCCUGGCCGACCCGUCGCUCCUCCCGCUCGCCACCGCCGCCUACACGGCCGCCGAGAAGAUCGGCAUGCCCGAGGCCCGCAUCAACCUGGCCCAUGUCACCGUCGCCCUGUGUCUCGCCCCCAAAUCCACCCGCGUCUACCGCAGCCUGCAGAACGCCUUGGAUGCCCUGCACGAGCCCGGCGUCGCCGCCCUGCCCAUCCCCUACCACCUGCGCAAUGCCCCCACCAAGCUCAUGAAGGACCUGGGCUACGGCAAAGAAUACAAGUAUAAUCCCAACUACAGAAACGGCAAGGUCGCCCAGGAUUAUCUGCCUGACGCGCUGAAGGGACGGAGGUUCUUCGAGGCCGCUGAUUUCGGCGACAUGGUCGACCAGGAUUUGAAAGACGUCGAUCAUUUGGAGGAGCAUGGCGCUGAUCCUGGUUCUGGGUCUGGGUCUGGGUCUACCGGCGGUGUCGACGGCAGGCAUUCAUUUUCACUAGGGUAG